GGGAGAGGAGCCUGGACGCUUCAUCCCCCCCCCCCCUCCCCUCGGGACACCAUGACUGCCACACAAUCGUUUGGCGCUAUUACAAGGCAAAACAAGAACUCUGCAAAUGGAGUUGGUCCAAGUGAGAAGGAACAACUGGGGCAAUGGGGCAGAGCCUGGGAGGUGGAUUGGUUUUCCCUUGUAUCUGUUAUCUUUCUUCUCCUCUGUGCUCCAAUGAUUGUGUUCUACUUUGUGAUGUCCUGUGACCAGUACCAGUGUGCUCUUUCUGGUCCUGUCAUUGACCUGUACUCUGGAAAGUCAAGUGUCAGCGACAUCUGGAGCCGUGCUCCAUCAUUCAGCUGGACAGCUGCGAAAAUCUACACAGCCUGGGUCUGUUUUCAAGUGUUUUUGUACAUGUGUGCACCUGAUAUUUGUCACAAGUUGAUACUGGGCUAUGUUGGUGGAGUACAAGAUGGAGCAUGCACUCCUGCAGACAUUCUUGCAAUUGAAGGAGCACAGCAGCAUGUGUGCACAGCAAGAUCCCACAGACAGGACUAUGGUAAUGGACAGAAAAUCUGUUUUUAUGAAGGCAUUGAUUGGGCCAUUUAUGUGCUGGAUUUCUUCUGGAAUGAAGCCUGGUAUCUGAAGACAAUUGAUAUUUGCCAUGACCAUUUUGGCUGGUACCUGGGUUGGGGAGACUGUGUCUGGCUGCCAUACCUUUACACUCUGCAGGGUCUGUACCUAGUCUACAACCCAGUACAACUCUCAACUCCCAGUGCAAUAGGAAUCCUUCUCCUGGGUCUGAUUGGCUACUAUAUCUUCAGAAUGACAAACCACCAGAAAGACCUCUUCAGGCGCACAGAUGGGAAUUGCAAGAUCUGGGGCAAGAAGCCUAAAUACAUUGAAUGCUCCUACUUAUCCAAUGAUGGUAAAAAGCAUCACAGUAAGCUGAUGAUCUCUGGGUUUUGGGGCCUGGCUCGCCAUUUUAACUACACAGGGGAUCUCAUGGGUUCACUAUCCUACUGCUUGGCUUGUGGAUUUGGACACCUCCUGCCUUAUUUCUAUAUCAUCUACAUGUUGAUCUUGCUGGUCCAUCGUUGUAUUAGGGAUGAACAUCGCUGCUCAAGUAAGUAUGGUAAGGACUGGAAACAUUAUACUGAUGCAGUGCCUUACCGCCUGAUACCAGGUGUCUUUUAGGAUAGUUCGUAUCAUCGUUGUACAGUUUUCAGAAGCCCGGCUUACUUCAGUCAACGAAACGUUUGCAUCACAAAUUCUGAUUCACAAGUAAAUAUUUUCAUGGGCGUAACAGAUGAAGCAUUAUGGGUUCUGAAUAUAACAGAAAUCUGAUCACAUUCAUAAAAGUGACCUAUCCAAUUUUAACAAACUUACUUGCGCUUCCUGUGUAAACUGACCAAAGUUAGACCAAAGUCUAACCAUUGAUGUAUUAGAAAGGUGUUGCCUGAAUGGACAUUAAAUUUCUCCAAAUCAAUGGAUGGAAGUGAUAAAUACCAGCACAAGCCUAGUGCCUGACUAUUUGGUUUUCACCUGUCCUAAUCAUUUCUUGUAAUUUCAUUUUUUAAAUGCUGCUUUGGGUAUGAUCCCCAAAUAGAAUGAUGGAAUUUCAAUUUCUGCAAGAGAUAUAUGCUUAAAAUUUGCUCCUGUGCAGUUGUAGCACAGUUGUUAAACCAUUCAUUUUAAACGAGUUAAUGAUUACGGACAAGUCAAAAGACUUGUAUACAUCACCUUUCAUGACAUCCCAAUGUUCCAAAGUGCUUUGUGGGUGUUGAAGUACAUUUGAAGUGAAAUCACUCUUUCAAUUUUAAAAAUGCAGCAACCAAUUAGCAACAAACUCUCAUCAACAUCAUGUUGGUCCUGAUAGAGUCGUAGAGAGUACAGCGUGGGAACAGACCCUUCGGUCCAACUUUCCAUGCUGACCAGAUAUCCUAAAUUAAUCUAGAUCCAUUUGCCAGCAUUUGGCCCAUAUUC